UUUUAUAUCCUUGUUUGAGUUUCUGCGGGGGAAAGACAUGUUUUGCGGAGGAAAAGUAAAGUGUGAAUCGGGUCCGCGCAAUUCUCAAAGCCGACAGCUAAGGGAUGUUACCAAGAGUUGUGCGAGCCUCCUCAUCUGCAAAAUAAAACUAUAAAUCUUUCUCCGGAGAGAGGAGCAGCUCUGUUUGGACUACAUUACAGAGAAACCAAGAACAGAUAAGGGGACCAGGAGAAGGUGUCAGAUGAUAAAAAAUUAUAAGGAGUGCCUUAAAGUGUAAAAGAGGAGCUCCACACAGUCUGCAGCACCUUGUGAACGGUGAGGAAGAGAUGAGACCAUUAAAGAAAAAUAGAGGACGUUCUCCCCCGUUAACCAGAGGCAGAGGGGGGAGGAGGAGAGGGGGCUCUCAGUCCCUCCAAGAGAAAGACCCCAAAAGAGUCAAGAAGGAGACGAUUCUCAGAACCACACAGAACACACCCAACAAUCUUUCCAAACACAAACACACCCCGCCCACAGCCACCAACUCUAGCACAGAGCCGAUCACAAACAGCAAUACCAAAACAAGCGAGGAGCCUACAGAGGUGAGGAAACCUGUGGAGCCACACAUGAAUGAAGGAAUGAAAGCAGAAGAAAAGACAGAAAAGGAAACGAUAGUGGGCACGAAUGGAAAUAGUACCAUGCCAACUGACUCUGUAGCAUCUCCUGCUUCUGCCCCAGCGCCGCUCUCCUUACCCGCACCCCUUCAACCAACUAACCACAGCCCCAGUUUAGGCUCAGUUUCUAGUAGAAAAACAGCCACCUUUAAGGCUCGUGUACCCAAGAAGAAAUAUACUUAUGAGCACUUUGCUAAUAAUGCAAGUGUAAUGACAAGUAUUCCUACCUCCAACCCGGCACUCAUACUUAACAGUUACUGCAAUAUCAACAGCAAAAUCAAUGACAGUGUGAAUACUCCUAAUAAUGAUUUGAAGAGUAGUAACAAUAUUGGUAAAAGCAUUCAUAAAACUAUUAAUUCGAGCAUCAAUAUUAGUAAUAAUGGUAACAUUGCAAAGGAUAUUAACAAUAUGACAAGUAGUAGUAACAGUUGUGCCGGGAGCCAUAGUACUUAUAUAAAUAGCAGUAAUAGUAGAAGUAAUAAUUGCUCAGGUAAUCAGCCAUCAGUGCUAACAGUAGACAGUAAAGCUAAAGAAGUAAACCAUUUUGUCUGUGUGGAGGAGAAAACCCUCAGGAUAGCAGAUUCCCAGGAAAAUGAGUCUCAAGCUGGAGAAAAUGAAUCAGAGGUUGCCCCAAACUCAGUGCGCUCCUCCUCCACUGAUACAGCUAGUGAGCAUUCAGCUGAUCUGGAUGUAAUGGAAACAACAGGACCACACCUUCAUCAUAACUCCCACAAUCAAGCCUCUCUUCGUAACUCACACCUUAAAGAAGUUAGUCUGUCAGAUGGACUAGCUGAAGCUCUGGCUAAAGGCAUGAAGAACCAGAGAGUGCUGGCUCGCCAAGUAAAGAGUAGCAUCGAGAGUGAUGCUGAGGCUGCUGGCAGUGGAGACCCCUGUCUCUCAUCUCCUGUGUUUAAACCAGGGGUGGUGCGAAGGGUGAGUUGUGGUACUGUUGAAGUUCAACUCCAAGGAGAGGAGACCUUUGUUAAAUACCCUUUUCAUAAUGAACUGAUGGUGACAUCAUCACCAGGGGCUGAGAGCACUGUGAAGUUAAUUUUAGAUGCCCCCCCACCUGGCAUGACACCUGUGGCUGUUGGGACUCGGGUGUGUGUGCCGUUUGGUGGAGAAGAAGGAGGUCCUCUGUUGUACAGAGAGGGCAUUGUUGCUCAGGUGGACCCCCAUCCUGGUGUCUCAUUUCCGUACCAUGUUCUCUUGAAUAAGGACAGAGAAAUUGUGGGUGAGGGGGAGGGAGAGGAGAAAGACAAAAAGAAAGUAAAUGGUCAGGCUGUGUGUGUGUCUCGACAGAGCCUGAGACUGCUCACGCCUCCUUGGGAGGUCUCACAUUUAGAUGGUGGAAAGGCAAAGGACAGAGAACUUGAGAGGGAAAGAGAGGAGAGGGAGAGGCGAGAGGAAAUGGAGGUAGAGAGAGAAGUCUGCCAAUUGAGUAUUGGAAUGGGGGUACUGGGAGGUGUAGCAAGAUUGGGUCAUGGUUUUUCAUAUGAAGGAGUUGCUGGAGGGCAUACCUAUGGAAGUGCACAUCCAUCAAACCAUUCCUCCACUGUGACUUCAAGUGUAAUGGCCAUCACCGGUCAUGGAUGUGGAGAUACCUACUUGGACAGAGAAAGACAGAAACAACCAAAUACUCCAGAAGAGGAUGUUGAGGUAUCUCGCCUUAACAUGGGCCACACCAUUGGUUCAAAACCAAAUCCCGGGGCUUCUCAGCACAGAAAUGUGGUCUCCAAGUCCAGUGGCUACCCUAUAUCCUCCCCCCACCUUACUGUGGUGCGGGGUAUAGCAUCCCAGCAUCUCUCUACCAUAACCAAUCCUCAGCCACCCCCAUCACAUGCCUCACUGGGCACUGAAAUGAACAACACUCCUUCAAACCUACCACUAUCCAAGACCACUCCCACCCAAACCCCUACUCCCACGUCUAGUGUGGGAUCCUCCUCUACCUCCUCUCGUUCCAGGACUCCUUUGUCACUGGCUCAGCAGAAAUACAAAAAGGGUGAUGUGGUAUGUACGCCUAAUGGUAUCCGUAAGAAGUUCAAUGGAAAGCAGUGGAGGAGGCUGUGCUCCAGGGAGAGUUGUAUGAAGGAGUCUCAGCGUCGAGGGUACUGUUCUAGACACUUAUCCAUGAGGACCAAAGAGAUGGAGGCAGCAGGUGGAGAGAGGGGAGGAGGAUGCAGCAGUUCAGGGACAGUCACACCUUCUGACCUUCGGGGAAGAGCAAGCAGUGAGUUUGAAUGGGACGACACAUCCAGAGAGAGCAGUGAAACCAGUAGCAGGGGAGACUCCAGACCCCGAUUGGUCCUCCCUUCCCUCCUCCCUCACGAACUGACAUCACGGUUUGACUCUGAUGAGUGUGAAGCUGCCACCAUGCUUGUUUCAUUAGGGAGCUCUCGCUCUGGCACCCCCUCCUUCUCCCCCAUCUCCAACCAGUCACCCUUUUCCCCUGCCCCCUCUCCCUCACCCUCUCCACUGUUUGGUUUCAGGCCGGCCAACUUCUCCCCUAUUACUGCCUCCCCAGUUUUGCAACACCGAAGGCACAGGCAGCCCAGUGGCACAGGGGGUGGAGGGGUAGGGGGCAGUAAGGCAACAGCCCCAGCUGGAGGAGGUGAAAGGGAGAGACACACUUCAGGCAUCCAGCCGUCCUUCCACAGUAACCUGACGUUCACAGUGCCCAUGAGUCCCAGUAAGAGAAAAGCAGAUGCCCCUCCUCCACCCCUUCUGCCCUCUAACCACCACGAUUACACACCCAAAACAGAACUGGAACAGGGAGACCUCAAUAACUCUUUCAGGGUGCUGUCUCCCCAAACACCAGCUUCACAUUCCCUUACUCACACACCCACCUUUUCCCGACCCAAAGGAGUGACCACCCCCUCUUCCAGCAGGCCCCCAUCCUCCACUGCUGUCUCUCCUCCUCCUUUGCUGAUGUCCCCAACUCCUCCUUCUACUCUCACUACGGACGGGGGACCUCGUCGCGUGGUCCCUGUAUCCCAACAGAGCUUACGGGACUCCCCUGUAAUUGUGAGGAAUCCCGAAGUCCCUCUGGCAAAAUUCACAGAGACCCCUUUGGGAAGAGGAGGAGGAGGAGGAGGAAACAAGGGAGGGAUAGAUAAUGCUUCAUCUAAAGACAUUGCCCUAAACCCCCUAACUCCUCAGCAAGUGUCUGGCCUUCAAGUUCCCGUCCCCAUUAAUGCUGCUGCUGCAACUGUAUCCAACAGCGCCGUCCUCUUGCGAAGCCCAGCCCAAACUCUGGUGCUUGUGUCCCCAACACCUUCAUCCUUGCCCCCCACUGACACCCCUGCAAACCCCCUGCAGGCCCUGUCAGUUACCGUCAGCACAAAUGUCACAGCCCCUGCUCCCAGCAGCACAGAGAACUCUGGGGAACGAGAGGACAGCAGGGGCACCGGGUUUGAUGGUGAGGUUCAGCAGCCAGUUCCCUGUCACCCUUCUCCUACUGCUCUGCUGCCUCUGAUCCUGCCAGCGGAAAGUCUGCAUCCGGUCCCUCGAAAGGAGAUCAUCAUGGGACGUCCUGGCACAGUGUGGACCAAUGUAGAGCCCCGGUCAGUUCCAGUCUUCCCUUGGCAUUCACUGGUCCCUUUUCUGGCACCCACCCAACCAGAUGCUUCUUCUCAUCCAGGAGAGGGCCAGCACCCCGUCAACCACCCUCAAGCAGCCAAUCUAAAGACAGAGUGUCAGGGUGUGGCCGUUCUUUCACAGGAACCUGCAGAGGCACCUCCCACUAUAGAGAGAGGUCCCCCAUCCCGGCCUCCCCCUUCCUCUGAUGAGACACUUCCUGAGAAAGAAAAGGGUGAAGCAGAGAGGGAGAGACCUGACAGUGAAACUGAAAGUGAUGUGGAUGACCCCUUCCUCCCGGGAGUCGUACCUGAGCAGCCCCUCUCUACAUCACCGGUAAAGAGACGUACACAGUCCCUCAGCGCACUGCCCAAAGAUGGAGACAAGAGCAGUCCAGGAAAGAGGGAGAAGGAUCAUAUCCGGCGACCAAUGAAUGCAUUUAUGAUUUUCAGUAAGCGUCAUCGAGCAUUAGUGCACCAGCGGCACCCAAACCAGGACAACAGGACAGUAAGCAAGAUUCUUGGGGAGUGGUGGUACGCUCUGGGACCAAAAGAGAAACAGAAGUAUCAUGACUUGGCCUUCCAGGUGAAAGAGGCCCACUUUAAAGCUCAUCCAGACUGGAAGUGGUGCAACAAAGACAGAAAGAAGUCCAGCUCUGAAGGCCGCGGGGUCCCUGGGGCCAAAGAAAUCAGAGAGAGGAGCAUGUCUGAAUCCACAGAACCCCAGUCUGUGGAUCUGAAGGGUGUAGGUCCAGGUUUGAUGGGUGUGUCCGAAAGGACUACAGGAGAGGGGCAUGUGAGCCAGCUUAGCCGUCCCAGAGCCUUCUCUCAAAGUGCCAUGCACAGCCUGGAUCGAGGCGACAGGGCUAACACACAAGCCCUGGCAGAACUGGCACAGAUGUGCGGGGAUGGUGGUAGUCAGUUUGCGAGCCAUGCCCCCCCAGUGUCACAGUCUCAACGGGCGGUCAGUGAAGACAUGACCAGUGAUGACGAGCGGAUGGUGAUCUGUGAGGAGGAGGGAGAUGAUGAUGUCAUUGAGGACCCCUAUCCUAGCAGCUCAAUAGACCUCAAGUGUAAGGAGCGGGUGACUGACAGCGACAGUGAAAAUGGUUCAGGAGAUGAAAGUGAUCGUAAGGUAACAUCAUAAGUCUCCUAAUUUUUUGCUCCAGUCAUCUGCUCUUCUGCAUCGUCCACGUCCUCACAUCAUACUCCCCAUGGCAGGAGUGUUUCACUUUCCUCUUACCCCAGUAAGCGUUACGACGAUGGAGAUCAGGAGGGGGAGGGUUUUUAGACCAUAAGAGGAAAGAAAAGAGGUGGGGGAGAAGGAAAGGACACUUUGGGGAGUGAAGGAAGUGGAAGUGUGCAAGGCCCUUCUCUCUUCCUCUCUUCUGGUCAGUCAGUCAUGUCCAUUUGUCCAGCUGGAGGACCUCCAUCUUCAUCAGUUGGUUCGCUGGGGACAAAUUCACUACUAGGCAAUUGGCCGCUGUGAGGGUGGCCCUCCACAGUGGUGACCAAUGUAAUGCGUCCUGUUAUCAGCACACCUCUUCCAAUUGCCAGCAAACCUAAAGAUGGAGGCACUUCAUCUAACCCGCAUCCUCCAGAGAGAAAACCCCUGACUCCCCAGCAGCAGCCACAACUUCUGAUUGGACCAGGAACAGGAGGGUGGGUCCACAUCAUGCAGGGGGUUGGGUACUACUCUUCAUCAUCACCAAAUCCUGUAGGUGCAGGUGUGGGUCCAGGUGGUGUAGUGACUAAUUUAGUGUUAGGAGGAGCUCUGUCUGCACAAUCUGCUGUACAGCUCAUCACCCCUUCCCCUCAACCUCAGCCACCCCAUCAGCAGCCCCUUCCCUCCACAGCCAUUUCAGCUCCCCACAGCCAAACUAAUGGGCCCCUGCCCCUGCUUCAACCCCAAUUUCUUCCUGCUUCUACUUGGCACCUCCUGGGGGUAAUAAGGCUAUCAACCCAGGUUCAAUACAUUCUUCCCACCCUACCUGCCAACAAACCCAAGAGUCCACCUCAGCAGCUCAGCCAGCCAACCAGUAUAUUCAACCUACCCACAGCUCCACCAACACAUGUGUCUUUGGCCAACGAACAGCAGGGUACAAGUUUACCAAUGGGAUAUACAUCUAGUCCAGCAGUGGGCGUGGUCAGCCCUGGAUCUAGAGUGCAAACACAGUCUCCAGUGCUCCAGGGUAAAAUGCUUGUUCCCAUGGCAACAGUACGGACUGCGCCAGCCCCUGCCCAGCAGUUUCCCAUUGUGGCUCCACCUUUUCCUGUCCAGAAUGGUGCUCAGUCUGGAAGCAAGAUAAUCCAGAUAGCUCCCAUGCCUGUGGUCCAGUCCCAUUUGCCUCAGGGUGGAGCAGUGCAUCCUGCCAGCCCCUUCCCUGUAACUGUGGGCACAGGCUGCUGUAGUAGCGCCAGGGUCAGCCCCUCCCAGGCUGUACUUCUACCUCCUGUCAAGAAUCGCCUAUGUUCAGUCCACUCAGGGGUCCCAUCUACUCUGCCUCUUAUCUCAACAACAACUGGCUCUGCCCCUACUCAGCAAGCUUUACCAGUCCCCGGAUCUGCAUAUGUUCCAUCACCCCUGACAACACUUGGGUUCACAGCCAUUGCACCACCUGGACAGACGCUGGUUCAGCCACUGAUUGCAGGUCAGCCACCUCUUCUAGCCACAGCUCAGUCCCCACAGCCCUCCACUUCAGCCCCUGCCUCAGGCUCCGGGGGCCAGAUAGUUACAAACCAUUUACCCUCCGCCAAACUAGUGUCUCCAUGACAACAGGGGUGGUCUCUAUGGCAAGCAGUUCCCCCCAGUGUUGUCCACUCUGUCUCUAGCCCUUCAAAGUUCUUCUCCUCACAUCCUUCCAAAACACCACAACAACCCCUACCGUCUGUCACACACCCACAUCCGCAGCCACAGCUGGACAGACCUGCAGACAGGCACCUGCCUCCAGACAGAUCAGCCGAUCGGCAAAAUGACAGGCAGACUGACAGGCAGGCAGAACUGCAGACACAUUCAGAGAGACAGCUGGAGAGGCAGACUCAGAUCAUGAGCAGUUGUAGCUCAGCUGCACCUCCUAGUGGCUUAGCUGUGUCCAUAAGACCCUGCACUCCUCCUCUUCAGAUCCAGCACUCUGGUACACCCAAACUAAUGCAGCUUCCAGUCAGGAUCCCUCAGAAAGUGAAGGCGACAGUGGCGAACAUUCCCGUCGGCAAUUAUGAUGGAGGAGGCCGAGGGAAAGACAGAGAGCGGGACAAAGAUAGGGAGCGAGAGAGGGAGAAGGAGCGGGAAAAGGGAAAAGAGAGAGAGCGGGAAACUUCAGAGCCAACAGUCAUUUCUCCUUUGAUCCUGAGCCAUCAGGUCAGACGGGGUCUCCCAUCAACACAUCCCACUGAGGAGCAAAUGUCGGGUGACAGACCCCUGGAGGGCUCUAGUACAUUCACGACUCCUCUUGACGCAAGGAACAGGGAAAGCACAAUCACCAAAGAGGCUGCAUGGAAGGAGUCUCUUCCCUCCUCUCCUCUUCCCCCUCCAUCAGCCACAGAGCCUGCUCUACCACCUCCACAGACUGACAAAGGACUGUCCGUACACCCAAAAAAAAUCAAAGCCCGCCCACCACCACUAAAGAAGACCUUUGACUCUGUGGACAAGACUGGCAGGGUGCUUUCAGAAGUAUAUUUUGAGGAACGCUUUGCCGAGCUGCCAGAGUUUCGGCCUGAGGAGGUUUUGCCUUCACCCACCCUGCAGAGUCUGGCCACUUCACCCCGCGCCAUCCUGGGCAGCUAUCGCCGCAAAAGGAAGAACUCAACAGAUAAUUUCAGAUUUGGACCGGCCACUGACGAACAAGUCUCCCCAAAAAGGAAAAGUCGGCGGCGCUCCAGCUGUAGCUCUGAGCCAAACACCCCUAAAAGUGCCGCCAAGUGUGAGGGAGACAUCUUCACCUUUGACAGAGCAGCUACAGAUGGAGAGGACAUCCUGGCAGAACUGGAGUUUGAAAAGGUGCCGUAUUCCUCCCUGCGACGAACAUGGGACCAGAGGAGAGCGCUUGUCAUGCAGCUGUCAGAGCAGGGCUUCUUUCCAUCAGCUCAGGCCACUGCAGCGUUCCAGACUAGAUACUCCGAUAUAUUUCCCACCAAGGUGUGUCUACAGUUAAAGAUCAGGGAGGUUCGGCAGAAGAUCAUGCAGACGGCAGCUCACUCUGAUGCCUCAGAUUCAGCUGCUAUCCUCCCUGGACCUUCUGGCUCCCAGUCUGGGGAUGGAUCUGGGAAGGAGGUAGCAGGAGAAUACUUACAGGAUGAAGAACGUGUAACAGAAACAGAAGUGAGCCUGGAGGAAACCUCGCGAUUCACAAGGACUCUUCUAGAUGAGGGGGAUGAUGACGAAGUUGGAAUUAGUGAAGGCCAGUGACUGCUCCACAUCACCACCUUUCCCACAUUAUGUCUUAUCCCAUAAUACUUCUACCCUUUACCUGGUCCAUCAUCACUAAUUUCUACCAUUGGCAGCUGCCACCGUUGAGAUUGUUUAUUUGCAAUGUGUGACCUUUUCACAAACAAAAGCGUGACCUUUUGAAAAAUGUCCGUGGCAUAGAAAAUACAUGUACACACACACUCUCCAAACUCUUCAUUCCCUUGCACUUGAAAUAGCACUCUGUGAUGACCACCUUUAAGAAAGAGUCCCACUGAUGCCAGUGGAACUACGGACCAUCGGUUCAGCUGCACUCAUUUGCCUUGAAGAUAUAACGGUUUUCGUUUUGGAACAAACCUGCUAUAAGCUGAAAUGGUGAACAGCUAACGGUUUUUAAAUAGUUCUACGUUUUGAUAUUGUUUUAACUGUUUUUGAGGAGGUAUAGGCAGGUAAGUGUCCUGCUUGAGGAACAACCUGUAUGUUUACUUAACUAAAAGCUUGUGCUUUUGUUUCUGCUGACCUUCGGGGCUGGGCCCUCAACAGCUGGAAACGUGAGUUGACUAAGAAAAUCAUUGCAGUGGACCUGGGGAGAUGUAUUUCCCUCUUGUAGACCUUCAGGAGAGGUCUAACCAAGAGUGACUGAAAGACUGAAAUUUAAGUGGACUUCUGGCAGUGCCAUUAUUCCUGCAAUUACCCUGACUGGCCAGGCCUCCCUUCUUGCAACUGACCCUAGCACAUGCCAGUAGGUAGGACCAAGCAUUCCUGUGCCUCUCAUCCGCUAGCCAUGAAGAAGGAGGGUUACCGAGUCACCGGGCACAUCCUGCGCUCUUAGAUGUAGAGGUCAGGCUGAAAAGAACCAUCAUCUUCUCUAUUGCCAAGCAGUUUUAUUAACUUUUUUUUAAUACUUGAUUUAGAUUUAACAUUGUCUGUUUGUUGUUGUACUCCUGCCUAUGGUUAUUAUUACUCCUCAUAAUCAUUGCAGUGAACCCUUGUUUGUAGUUUUCUGGCAAAUAUUUCCUUUAUUUCUGCCAGCAUUAGAUUUGUUGUAACAGUUUUUUUUUUUUUUAAACAGUUUUGGAGGCAGGUGAGAGAUGCUGCUCCACACCUGUACAGUUUUCCUCCAUUGUAGUCUUCCCUUGAUGGCCUCUUCACCUCAGCAAGGACCUGAGUUGCAGUUAAUUGCUCAUUUUAAUAGGAAUACAAAUAAAACGUGGACCUUUAUAUCCUUUCAAAAGUAAUAAGCCGUAUAGUUUUUAGACGACUCUAUAUGCCUCUGUCCCUCGCUAAGUCUGAUUUCUAUAGCCUCAACACUUGUACAUCUUCCUGCACCUCUUUCCUCCCCUACUUCCUCUUUUGUCACUUUAUUGGCUCUCUCCAGGACCUUUUUAGGCAGAGAGAAAACUGGGGGAAGUGAAGGGAGGUAACAAAUCAGAGGUGGUAGGUUGUAAUACUGGUUGUGUCUUUGUGCAGGACUUGGUGUGUGUAAAUAACUGUAGAGUCAGUAGACUCAUUGAUAUGGAACAAUCUGUCAUUGAACAUAAAUGGACUUAUAAGACACCAUUACUGAAGGUUAAAACACAUGAAAUACAGGAAAAAAACAAUAAAUAUGGCUAUUAAUGGUUCUUGUGUUUUUUUUUUUCCUUGUUUUGUUGUUCUGUAUGCAAGAAAGGGAUUUAUAUUAGUAAUAUAAUUUUGGAUCUACAUCUUUCAUUAUGCAAAUAAAAAUAGGUGUUCAA